AUGGCUACGGUUUGUGAGCUUGUCCAGUUGCCAGUUGGAAGUGAAUGUGGAAAGUGGACAAUUCUGAAGAAGCUCGGAGAAGGCGCAUUCGGUGCCGUGUAUUUGGUCAAUCAAAAAGGGAAAACCGACGUAGAAUAUGCAUUGAAAGUGGAAGCAGAAUCUGAUCCAUUGGGUCUUCUUAAAAUGGAAGUUGCUGUUCUUUUGGAAGUUCGAAAACAGAAAAUUGCGGGUCGCCACUUUUUGGAACUCGCUGAUCGCGGAAACUUGCCGGGAAAAUUCUACUAUAUGGUGAUGACAUUGGUUGGAAAAAGUUUGCAGGAUCUUCGCAAAACGGCUCCAUUCAACAAAUUCUCCAUGGGAACCGCCAUUUCAGUAGCCAGACAAUCAUUGGAAGCAGUCGAGGAUUUGCAUAACAUUGGAUUUCUGCAUCGAGACAUUAAACCAGGAAAUUAUACGAUUGGACGAAAAGAAAUGCAUGAACUCAGAAAGGUGUACAUGUUGGAUUUCGGAAUGGCUCGUAAAUUCGCUCGAGAAGACGGAACUCUCCGUAAUCCACGUGCACGUGCUGGAUUUCGUGGGACCGUAAAAUAUGCUCCAUUGGCGUGUCAUAUCCAACGCGAACAAUGCCGAAAAGAUGACAUCGAAAGUUGGUUGUACAUGGUGGUUGAAAUGACUUCUGGACGUCUUCCGUGGCGUAAUUUAACUGAGUCUGAUGACGUUGGAGUAUUCAAAAAAGAGUGUAAAACUACUCGUCAACGAUGUCUUUUCGGUGGUUGUCCUCGUGAAUAUAUGGAAGUUUUUCCUAUUUUGGAUAAGGGAAAAUUCUUCGACGCACCGGAAUACAAGACAAUUUAUGAACUACUUGAAAAGGCACUGGCCAACACAAAAGCAAACGAAUUUCCGUAUGAUUGGGAGUAG